AAACGGAACGCAAUCGACAUUGAACAACAAGAUACGAGGUUAUGCGCGCCAAUCGUCACCUCUCUCAUGUGCACCAAUACAAUUUUAGGAACUUGCCGGUAAGGCAUGAAUCUCCCGCUUGCUCCACGGACGGCAUGAGAUGACAGUCUGAGCGCGCCUAUCGAACAUGCGGCCCACGCGCUGCUGCCUUGGCAUCAAAGGCCUGCUGCCACUGAUUCGGGCACAAUGUCCAGAAGCGAUCACCUAUCCUGCCCGCUACAAUGGACUUCGCGGUAUGCGUCUCGCCGUAGAUGCUACUCUGCUAGUGCAGCGCCUGCACUUUGCGCCGGACCCUCACGAGAAGCGGCAUCUGAUCGGCAUGUACCGCCUCGUGCAGACGCUCAAAGCGCAUGAUAUUAAACCAAUCAUGGUGUUUGAUCAUUUGCAGGCGCGCAUCCCUCAAAAGGAGCGAGAGCGGUCCAGGCGAAAAAUGGCGAGGUCGCUGCUUCGAACGCGCGCCGCCAUGGAAAGCAGGCGCAGUGCUCGACUAAAAGAGCUGAGCAUAAUCCUCAAUCGCAUAAAGUUGAUGGAGGCGGUAGACCGAGAGCGUGUGAGCCAACUCUUUACCAAUCGAGCGGCAACUGCGCCCAUCGAUCUCGAAGACCUGGAAGGCGCCAUGCAGGACGAAAUAGAUGAAGAAGAUUCGGACCAGAUCGGCUUUAUUGACGAUUUAGAUGAUGGUGUCUACUUGGCCCGCCUGAAGGAGAGCGAGGAGUUAUUAGAACGGCUGGCAAACAUUGCUUUCACUGCAUCACAUCGCCUCGCGGCGAAUCCUUGGACUGAUAUUCUGGAAGCUGAAGCCUCACCUACCGAGUCAAUUGCCACCCGUUUGGCAGUCCUCAAACACGCCUUUGACGCAGAGAAGCUUCGCUCAGCAUUUCAGUCACGCGACCUGCAGGCGGGUACGAGUCCACAUGCAAGCGAAACGAGCACGCAAGCGGCAUUAACCGCGAUAGAAGGUGGCAUCUACGAAGCGCUGCAACAUCCUGGCUCUGAAGAUGCUGCAAGUGAGGCGAUCGCACCGAGCUUGCAAAUGUCUGAGUCGAUCAUUGCAAGCGCUCUGCAUCAAUCUCAUGUCGAAGCGCUGGACCAAGCUGCGCAACGCAAUGACAGCCUUGUACGGCACUACCAGCGAGCCUCGACGACUCUCUCAGCAGAGAUCUUCGACUCAACAGCUCACCUUUGCACCUUACUCGAUGUUCCGGUGCUAUGGACGAGUAGCGGGGAGCGCAGCGGCCCGCUAGCCGGCAGAGCGCAUGAAGCAGAAGCGGUUGCCAGCACCCUCGUGCAGCAAGGCUGGGCAGAUGCAGUCGCUAGCGAGGACAGCGACGUGAUUAUCUAUGAAGUGCCGCUGUUACGCGGGCUGAUGGGCGUCAAGAAUCGCUUGGAGCUUGUAGACGGCAGGCAAGUACGUCGCUCGCUGUUUCCGCCCAAGCAUGCAGCACCAAUGGUCGAUCAGGGCAGCUCCCAGGAAGAUUUAUCGGCCCACUUAGCUCUCUCGCCCGAGGAAGAAGAGUCUCGUACCAGAAUGCUGGAAUUUGCACUGCUGGCCGGUACCGACUACAACCGCACGCUUCCGGGUAUCGCCGCCCGUACAGCAGUCAAGCUGGUGAACGAGCAUGGAAGCAUUGUCAACAUCCUGCGACACUUUCCGACGAAGUACCGCCCACCAGACGGUCUGACGUGGCAAGCGUACAAGAGCGAGCUGAAUGCCGCGCGCGAAGUGUUCCGCAAGCUUCCUAGCGUGCGCAGGUAUCUUCCGCUACUGCGAGAUUACGCGAGGCGAGGCGUGGAGCAAUCAGCAGAAGGCGAGCCUGGACGGCAGCGAGAAGGGGCAAGUCCAGCCGAAGCUGGAGCUGGUGGCCGUCGCCGAAGGCGACCAAGCGCCAGCGAGGGCGUCAAGCAGGAGCUGACGAUUGAAGAGUUCAUGAAGCGCGCGGGCGUCUUGAGGAGCGACUGGUUUUCGAGGCAGCAUUCCCUUGGAGAUGGGCACGGCGCCGGUAUAGUCGCCCUUGACUCGAGCGCUUCGUCUACACUUGACGCACCCGGUUCUUCCUUUGGAGCCGACUUUUUUGGUGAACGCGAGCAGCUUGCAGCCCCUUCAUCAAAGUUGACAUGAUCUGUCCACAUUUGGUCGUAUCGAAAUGCCGCAUAUGCUGUAUUGGAAUUCGGAUUGGCAUUUCAGAGCAUGCAAGGUCUUGGCGAGCUCUGCAUGUCCAUAUCGCUUGGGAUAUGAAGUAUGAAGUGAUGUCAUGAUCGGAUGUUCCUUUCUUUUUACUAUGGAGAAAAGAAAAGAUAAAGAAAUAAUUUAUUCAUUCGGUGCAAUGUGGCCCUCGCUGGCGGAAGUCGAAGAACGGAG